AUGUACCUCCUGUCUCUUUCAUUUCUCUUGACCCACAACUCCACACUCUCGUCCCAUACCCAAAUCAACAAUUUCGAUCUUCAAAAUGCUCAAAACAACCCCUCUCAUCGCCUCAUCCCUACUGAUGCUGGCGACAACCGCCUUCGGAGCGUGAAACAGCUACACCACCUGCGCCGACAGCAUCGUCCACUGGUACAAUCCGACAAAUGGGAAAGUCAGCGAUCCGCUCGAUUGCGGUGGGGCCGCGCUCCUGUCAAGUACGAUAUCCCCUGCUGCACUGCUGCCUACACAGGCACGGAGCCUUGCAUCAUUACAACCUCUACCCUCUCUUGCUGGUCGCCUUCGGCCGCUACUCCCUCGACAGCUGCAUCUGCCGCGUCCUCUUCUACCAGGACAUCUUCUACCGGGGUAGCCGCUCGGACUUCCUCGCACAAUAUUUCGGGCAGCGCCGCUGCUCCUUCGACUACGGAGCCCCCAACUCAGUCGAAAAGCCCGAAGACUUCUGAAGCUGGAUCGGCUAACUCGAGCAGCUCUGCUCCGCCAGUUUCGGCCAAUAUUGCGACGAGCUGUAUUGGUCCAUUGAUGGCAGUUGCUGAAGCUGCGAUUAGACCUGUUACUUUUAUAUAG